AAUUUGGAUUUUGUUUUGUUGUUGUCAACAUGAAAAAACUCCACACGGAUAUGUCAGCUUAACAAUAUCAUCCCCUGUCAACUUGUACGCUUUCCUCAGACUCGUCUGUGCAGUGUUGGCAGGUCGGUAGUUUCGGAGGGUUAGUUUGGAUUUAUCAGUGAAUGGAGGAUGAGCAGCCCGGGACAGAGCAGAGGAACACCCAAACCAGCUGACCUCUUUGAAGAUUUAUGGAGGCAGCUCGGAGAGUGCCACCAGAAUGCACUUCAAGAAUUGGAGGCUAAAGUGAUCAAGUUGAAAAAUGAGCGUUGUUUAGACGCUAAGAGACUUGAGGUGUUUUACAAUCGCACGCAGCAGCUAAAGGAGCAAAACAAAACCCUGCAGGAUGCCAUCAGUCUCCUGGAGGAAAGGCUCCAUGCAGGAGAGUGUGAUCGAUGUGCCAUCUUAGAGGAAAACCUGAAAAAUAACCAGGAUCAGAAUUUGUGCCUCAUCGCCAAACUGAAGAAUGAAAAAAAAUGCCUUGAGGAUGAAAACAGGAAACUACAUGCUGAACUACAAAAAUUAAAGAUGUUUCGCUUGGAGCCCCAGCAGGCCUCAUCCCCUGAACAAGAGGAAGGCAUCAUCCCAGACUCACCGAUCCUGCCAAGCUCGCUGCCCGUCACAAACAAACUAAAGAAAAGAAAAGAUGGCGGGAAAAUGAAGCAUGUUCGCUAUGCAGAGAUGCCUCUACCACAGUCUAACAAGUCUCUCUUUAGUGUACUGGAUAAGGAGCCUGUGGACGCUACAAAGAAUCCUGGAAGAGUGCAAGUUCUUGUGCCCAACACUUGUGAACUGGAUGCAUCCCAACUCUCAAAUGAUGUGAAUCCAUACCUGGAAGAAGCAGUUGCAGAAACUUGUGGGCUUGAACUUAUUGACAAGCCUGACAUGAAAACUGACACAGCUGCAGGCCAGCAGAGUAGCUCAAGAUCUCCCUGGAAGUGUGUCUCUCGUUUGAAACCAUACCGCUCCACCCCUUCAUCCACGCUGCUCCACAGUCCAGAAUCCACCACAGAAACAUCCCCAUCACUUCUCCCACGUGUCAAAAGGUUUUCAGAGGAUGGCUCCGUUAACAAAGCAAAGCGCAAGAAGGAGGAAACUGAGCAGGAGGUGCAAGAGGAGGACAAACAAGAAAUCCAGGAAGGGGUGGACAAACAGAAGGAAGGCAAACACAAGCAACCUGACCUGAUCAAACAAGCCUCUGCAUCUAUAAGCAAUCAAAGCUUCAGCAAGCAGCUGCUGGACGGAAAGGCGGGGCCAGCACUAAAUGGGACUUCAAACCAAAGGCCAGACGUGUCCUGUAUAAGUCCUGCUUUCAAGAAGCCAAAUGUUAGAGAAGCAAACAAAGAGAGUGCUGGGAAGAAAGGAACCGCCCGGCUGAAUCUGAAUGCUUCACAUGACCAACAUGAAGGAAAAGAUGCUGAAAGGAAGCACAGAGUGGAGCCCUCAUGGAGCAUUGACCCUGCGCUCGCCCUGUCCAUGUAUGACAGCGAGUGGAGAGAGCACGAGCAAAAGGAAGACGAAGAAGAAUGUCCCGGAGAAUUAGUAGAUACCGACUGCACUUGGGUCAGUCACAGUUUACUCCAGUGUCGGGGAGAAAACGCCCAGGACAAAAGACACAGCGUGUCGGGAAUUGGCGAGAAGGCAAAUGACAGUUUGGAUAUGAUGUUUGACACAACAGCUUACGGGGAGUACAAGUCAUUUAACAAUUCACACUCAGGCCAGAGCCAGCCCUGUGGUGAAAAUGAUGAUGAAGAACGAGAAGAGGAGGAUGAAGAUGAUCACCAAGAACCUUAUGAAGACACCAUGAGCCAAAGUAACAGGCAGAAAGCACGACGUCCAGCAUUUGCUCACGUGGCUGUGGUUCGCAAGAAAGACGAAAGAAGGAAACUGAAGGGCACUACCUGCAAGGAAUGCGAAAUUUAUUACGCCCAUCUACCAGAGGAGGAAAGGCAGAAAAAGUUGUCUGCCUGCUCAAGGCACCGAUUUCUGUAUAUUCCUCCAUGUACUCCUGAAAACUUCUGGGAAGUUGGAUUCCCAUCAACUCAAACAUGCAUUGAAAGAGGUUAUAUCAAAGAGGAGAAGACUCCCCAGGCACGUACUCGGAGAAGACAACCACUCAAUGCCUUAUUCUCCCCAAAUCCAAAGAAAAAACAACAGGAAAGCUAAAAAUGUGCUUUUCUCCAUAGAAAAACAGUUUGAGUUGGUCCUUUUCCAGAGGAGUAUGGAAAGCAAGCUCAUCACUGUGUUAAAUUGCACUGAGAACAGUAAUGUCCUGUAGACCUUAUUAAGAAUGCUGACCCUGUCUUUUUUGUGUUAUUGUUGUUUCAAGUCUAUAAUGUCAAUGUGCAGUCUGUGACUGCGUAGGUUUGGAUAAAUAAAAAUGACUAUUUGUCUAUAU